UUUGCGUGGACAGCGUCUUUAGCUCCAUAAUACUACGGGCUUCGUGCAGUGGACUCGCUUGAUCGGCUGAGUGGUUGACAGGUAUCGGUGCGACCGUACCCCGUGCCUUAUCCAUAGGCAGGUAUAGCAGAUGCAAAGGCGACUAUGGUCGAAUGGUAGGGACCCAAGAAAAAUGUAAUCUCGGUGACUAUAUCUACGAGGCUACAUUUAGCCUGUCCUCGUCCUUUCAAUUUCAGCAACAGGAGGGGAUAACUCUCAUUUCCGCCAUGAAACACUCGUUUCGGUGCUUGCAAGGAUGAAAUCAACUAUUCGAAGCUCUCGCCUACAAUAUGAUGGGAUUUAUCCGACUACCAAUGAGGAGAGACUCCAAGACGAAACCAUAUUGACGAGCCUGAGAAAUUUGGGGCAAGUAUUGCAACAGCAAGGAAAGUACGAGGAGGCGGAGCAAAUUAGCCGGCGAAUGUUGGCAGGUUAUGAAGAAGCACUGGGACCGGAUCAACCGGAGACGCUGGUAUGCGUGAGCAUCCUUGCGACGUUGAUUCAACUACAAGGAAGGUACGAGCAAGCAGAAGAAAUGAGUCGGCGAGCACUGGCAGGAUUUACGACGGUCCUCGGGGCAGAUCAUCAACACACGCUGAGGAGUUUGAGCAAUCUAGCGACGGUACUUCAAGAUCACACGAAGUACGCGGAGGCGGAGGAGAUAAACCGGCAGGCGUUGGCAGCAUUUGAGAGGACAUUAGGACAAGACCACCCUGACACGUUGACGUGCGCGAGCAAUCUAGCGAUGGUGCUUCAAGAUCAGGGAAAGUACGAAGAAGCACAGAAGACGUACCGCAGAGCGUCGAUAGGGUACGAGAAGGCCCCACAAGCGAAUUACGUCUCCUCUCAGCAGAGAGGAUAUUACAUUGAACCACAGAUGAUUGCUAGGUGCCUUUUUUAA